GGACAUCAGCCCAAAACGCCGCAGUCCCUACUGGCGUUCAGUACAGCGGUCCCAUGGUGGAUAAGCGGGUGGCCACGCUGCUGUCCAAGUACGACGGGAAGGCAGACAUCACCUCUUGGAUUAGUUCCAUGAGGUCGUACUUCGAGGUCAUGCGGACACCGCAAGAGGACCGAAGUAUGAUCAUGGGGACUAAUACUGAGCCCGCCGUACGAAACCACAUUGAGCUCCAAGCUGUCGCAAGAGGCUAUGAACGCAUAGACCUGACUGAUUGGCUGAAGGUCACCCCUGUCCGCGCCCUUGAGGAUCUUCUCCUUGACCGGUACCGAGAUAAACAUGUUGCGCUCAAGGCUAGGCUGAAGCUUGAGGCCCUCAAGGGCCAAACAUGGAGGUCAUCCAUGCAGGCUUUGGAACAGCACUUGACUGGUCUGUUCACCACUCCGGAUCUGGGAAUGACUGACGUAUCUUGUAUGGAUGUAGUCAUGGGAGUGGCCCCUAAAGAGUACCUCUCCCUGCUCGCACUCAAGGACCAUGCCACCUGGCGAGAGCUCAUGAAGGACCUAGUCGACCUAGAGGCCAAGGACCUCGCCAGGCGCAAGAAGGCGCCCGCUGCAGGUGGGAAACCACAACGCAAGCGGUUUGGAAGCAGCAACCAGCUUGCACUGCAUGAUCAUCGGGAGGCUGAAGAUCAGUCCUAUGCGGAUGAUCUGUCUCUAGAUGACGAUCUAGAGCCGGACUCCGAUACGGGCUGUUCCACAUCAGCCAUUGAGUGUGACAGAAAUGAUGACGAGAAACUUAAUGCAUUCAGAAAGACUGCUUCAAAUAAGGGGCCUAACCGUGGUUCAGAUCAGAACACGUGGGACAAGGAAUUGCACAAAGUGAAGGGGCUGUACAACAAUUCCAUUCACUUUGCGACUGGUGUGACACCAAACCAAUUGCAGUAUGGAUGGCCGAUGCGUAACCCCCUCUCCUAUCUGUUCCUCGAACGGUCACCUGGUCUGAUGCCCGGCAUGCCUGGCUACAAUGCCAAGUACGCACGCUUGCUCAAAGCUGCUACAGCAGCUAUGAACAAGUGCCAGCAUGCCAUGAUCAAACAUGCCAAUAAGCUACGCAAAGAAGAAAAAUUCAAAGUAGGGGAUUAUGUUUGGGUCAAAAUGUCUGAGUUUUCUGAUGAAGAGGGCAUAUCACGGAAGCUUCUUCCACUGUACUACGGCCCUUGGCAGAUUCUGAAGGUUCACGAGGACGGCACCAUGCUUGUCCUGUCCUGUAAAGGGAACCUGGGAAAGUGUGGCCGUGCUGCCAACUCACGUUCCUUUGAUUUCGGUCCCUCUCAUAAAAACUCUGCGGCCCUGGCUGACCUCUUUUACCUGCCGUAUGGGGGUUCACAAAGAUAUGGUGAGCACUGUCGGGAGCGUAGGCAAUGGAGUUCUCCUCGGCAGUCUUUGGGUGGGGGUGGUUUCCUAGGAGGAGGAGGAGCUAGAUGUUCAGCCAUGUGCAGAUUGCAACCCAAAAUGCAAUUGUACCCGAAACAUAGCUCGCAAAUGAUAAUUGGGUCAGGAUGGUGGUCACCACUGGCGUGGGGUGGCAGAUAUAGUCACGGGGAAGUACAUGGGGCGAGUCUCCAAAGCAGAGGCUGGCAAUGCAGACGUGGCGCGCAUCAAGGCAAGUCGGAUAUGCUUCUGGGCGCGGGUGACAGGGGACCAAAGAGGAGGGAGGGACUUGAAGAAGAAGCUGUUACAAGCGGGGGGCAGGACGGCAGGUUUUAUGCUUCUGGAUCAGACCAGACGCAAUGGAGGGCGGGUGAAAUGGAGAAGCAGAAGGGGGUGGAGGAAGUGGAGCAGAUGGGGGUCGAAGGCAGCAUCGCUCAGACAGCGACGGAGGUGACGAAUGAUGUCAUUAAGCAGCUGUGGACGAUAGCAUCGCUCUCUGUGGCCUUCGCCAUUUGCAAUAUGGAUAAGAUCAAUAUGAGCAUUGCUGUCAUCCCGAUGUCGCACCAGCUGUCCUGGAGUGCGACGACAAUUGGAUUGGUGCAGUCUUCAUUUUUCUGGGGAUAUGUGCUGAGCCAAUUGCCCGGCGGAUGGCUGGCGUCACGGCUUACGGGAGGACCGGUGUUGCGAGCAGGUGUGUUUCUCUGGUCUGCGGCAACGGCAGCAGUCCCUGUUGCAGCGCCAUUCUUGCCGGUACUGUUGUUUUCGCGUUUCUUGGUCGGCCUGGGAGAGGGGGUGGCACCGUCGGCAGCGACAGAUGUCAUCGCCAGGACCAUCCCUGCCGCCAACCGGUCCAGGGCCGUGUCGUUCGUCUUUGGAGGCCUGAAUGCGGGUAGUGUGGUAGGGUUCCUUCUUGCACCCGCCUGCAUUGAGCGCUUCAGCUGGGAGACGGUCUUCUACUUGUUCGGAUUUUUUGGGCUGAUAUGGUGCGUUUUGUUUGAAAACCCUGCACCAGCCGUUGACGACGCGAAGGAUGAUGACGGUGCAAGUACUCGGAGCACGGGUGAAGAAUUGUCAAAGGUAAAUGCCCCUUUUUUACUUGGACAACAGACUGACGAGCUCGACGGGGUCGAUGCAGGAACAGGACGACGAGGACAAAGAGGAGGUGGUGGAGAAGGGUUGGAAUCGCCGGCGUUGAGCCGUUCUCUGCAAAAAGGGCAACAGAUCUACGAGAACAGCGAAGGCAAUGCAGCAGGCACGUUAGAAACCUCGACGGAACAACCGAGUGUCACUGAUAUGAUGAUGAGAAAUGGUAGUUCAGGAGAAGAAGGCCCAGAGCCACUUAGCGUCAAUACGGUGGUUGCUGGUUGGGGGCAGCAGCAGAUUAAGCCGAUGAUCAAACACGACGGAGGAGACAGAGAGGAAGGAAAAGGAGGUGGUGUAGAUGAGCAGGUGAGCGAGGAGGACGGAUACGUUAUCCUCGCUCGGCAAAAUGUGCGCAAUGAAGUUACGACGGGGGAAGGAAGGAGGUGCAAGGAGAGUGAGAUACCCAAAAAGGGAGGGUUGCAUGGAGCACCACAGAAGACUGACUCCGAGGGAGAUGAGCCUGCCACUGAGAAAGGGAUGGACAACACGUCAGGUAAUACGCUGCUAUUACCAUUUUCGCCGAGCAAUCUUCGCAUCCGUACCAGUACCAGUGCCGGCAGUGAAUCCGAGCCUGUUCCCUGGGGAGCUUUCUUCCAAUCGCCGGCUGUCUGGGCUAUGAUCUACGCCCACUUUUGCAAUAACUGGGGCCACUACACGUUACUCGCAUGGCUCCCGACAUACUUCAGCGACGAGCUUCACCUGAAUCUCAGCCAAGCUGCUCUUGUGUCUCUUCUGCCGCCAUUGGCUUCCAUUGCCGUAUCGAGUGUGGCGGCCCCUUUUGCUGAUCGGUUGAUCGGCCGGGGCGUAGAUGUCACGGUAGUUAGAAAGCUGUGCCAGACCAUCGGGUUUUUGUCGCCGGCGACCUGCCUGGGGAUCACGGCAUUAAACCCGCAACUGGACACAACGGCGGUUAUCUCGCUACUCACAGGCGGCCUCGGGCUCAACACCUUCGUCCUGGCCGGUCUGUACUGUACUCACCAAGACAUUUCGCCCCGUUACGCUAGCAUAUUGCUGGGAGUGACAAACACAGCAGGCUCUAUCCCAGGCAUCUUAGGGGUGGCUCUGACUGGCUACCUGCUAGACCACACACACUCGUGGGCGCUAGCACUUUUCACACCUGCAAUCUUCUGUCACGUAACAGGAACGAUUGUCUGGAAUGUUUUCGCCAGCAGCAAACCGCAGGACUUCCGCCCUCCUCCCCCUCCUCCUCCUCCUGCUCCUCCUUCUCCUCCUCCUCUAGCAAAGCUUCAAAUCUGAUUCACGUCAGAUAGAUCCCGACAACUCGAAUCACAUCUCUUUAUCAGGUGACCGGCCAAGACUUGCACGCCUAUCCGAAAACCACCGUGUCAUCUCAUGUGGGAAGGCAAGGAUGGCAUCGUAACAGGCGGUACUACGUACGAAAAAAAAACCUGUCUCAUAAAGCGACUGACCGGGUUUGUGCGUGCCCUGUGACCAACACGAGCUUCAUGAGAGCUCUGCUGCUUCUUCGGGCAGUUGGACUGGUCAGGGGUCGACCCCGUUGAACGGUAGUUGGAUGUAGCGACGACAUGACCCGAUCACCUUGCCGAAAUUAUAUCGACAAGGAGAGAGCAAAGGCAUGACACGAAAGUCAGUCCCCCGCCAUCCCUGUUCUGCAUUGCCAGACCUCCCAGGACUCAACAUGUGGCAAAGCGCAGUUCGACCUUUGCGGUUUUCGCUUGGCUGCUUGAGCAUGAACCUGGUCGUAGAACAAUGUCCAUUGAUGAGGCCACCGCUUUCACGGUGACUCAACUCACUUUUUUCCGCUACAGGAGAUUUUGAGAAGGAAGUCGUUUCAAAGCCAUGUGCUUGCUGGUGGCGGCACCUGAGCAUGAACCUGGUCGUAGAACUGCAGCGCUCCUGAGCAUGAACCUAGUCGUAGAACUGCAGCGCUCCUGAGCAUGAACCUGGUCGUAGAACUGCACCGCUCCUGAGCAUGAACCUGGUCGUAGAACUGCACCGCUCCUGAGGGCUCAUCGUAAACGUCUCUACCUUUGCAAGCAACAAAGUUCCGCUUGUGCU